AUGUCUCUACCACAAACAGCGGCCUCGGUAGGUGGCGCAUUCGACAGUAUACCUGUUGUCGAUAUAGGAUGUGUGUCGACACCUGAAGAACGGGCUGCUUUGGCUCAGCAGAUAAGGGAUGCCUGCGUGAAUGUCGGGUUCUUUUACAUCAGCAACCAUGGUAUACCCCAAGAGACGAUCGACGAGGUCUUCUCCGCCAUGAAGGCUUACUUUUCUCUCCCCCUUGAGACGAAAAUGAAGGUAGGCACCACCAUCCUUGCACCAGCCCAAUCUUCGCCUCAUCCAGAAAAGCUUUAUCAUAAAGAAGUUGCCAAUUUCAAAGGGUACACACCCGUGCUAGACUCCAACAUCGACCCAGCCAACAGAGGCGAUCUGCACGAGGGCUUUGAGAUCGGUUGGGAAGAACUGCUAGCCAAGGAAAACGACGAAAAGAGAGUGAAUGAUGGUUCUAUGUCUGGUGCAAACGCAUGGCCCUUGGAACCCGCCGGAUUCCGUGAAGCCUGUCUCGGUUACUAUCACGCAGCUGUAGGUGUCGGAAAGGUCCUGUUCCGCCUCUUUGCCCUUGCAUUAGAUCUCCCUGAAACAUACUUUGAUGACAAGACCAGGAAUUCUGCCGCAAACAUGCAGUUUCUCCAUUAUCCACCGCAAACGGGUUCCGAUGAUGAUCGUAUCAUCGGGUUCGGUGCCCAUACGGAGUUGGGAUUCUUCUUAAAGCAGCCCGGUAUUCAAGCUCUUCAGGUGUUAAACUCGGAGACUCGGGAAUGGAUAAAUGCGCCGCCAAUCCCGGGAACACUGGUCAUAAAUAUCGCAGACCAGCUUGCACGAUGGACGAACGACGUAUUUAGGUCGACCGUGCACAGAGCGAUCAACAGGAGUGGUGUCCGCCGGCAUUCCAUUCCCUUGUUUUUCGGUACGGAUUACCAUGUCCAGAUUGAACCGAUGCCGAGUUGUGUAUCCCCUGAGAGACCGCCCAAGUACGAACCCAUCGCUGCAGGUGACUACGUCCGAAAGCGCCUGGAGGAGAAAUACCAUCAGAACGCCACUUUCUCGUGA